UCCCACGCAGAACAGAAAGCCAAGCAGCACGCGCACUUUCCACGCUGGACGACUCACUCAGAGGCAGCCAGACGUCUUAGCAAGGAGCCAGAAGGGACAAGGCAGGACAGGCCCCCCGGAUGCCCCUGCCAAGCAUUGCCACAUCUGGGAAAUCCUGACUUGCAGCUCCACGGAGGAAUCAGAACCCCAAACUGCUGUUCCUUUCGUUGCCCACCUUCUGCUCUCUGUCUUUGCUGCUUUCUCAGAGCUGGGAAGAACACAACCCAGGAGUCCAAACCGAUUUUGCCCUCAACCCCACCUACUUUAAUUGGUGGGCUCAUGACUCCCUCCCAGUCUUAACCCAGGGACCUGACUUUGAAUACUCACGCCUUUAGCCACUAGACUUCAAUGUCUUUUUUCCCAACUUCAGGACUCAGGAAUCCUGGUGAACAGCCCACCCGCUUCUCUAGCUCCUAGAGGCCGCCCUCCAGCAUCAACUGGGAAUCAAGAGCAGGAGGAUUUGGACUCCAGCCUCCCUUCUCUUCCUGCUUGAAACUCUUCUCCCAUCGAAGAACAAGAGAUCCCAGACACCCCCGCACCCCCUGGCUGCUGGCCUUCUAACCCUCUGCAAGACCCUCUGCUUGUGCUGAUGCACCCCCUGCAAGCAAGCCUGACCACCAGCCUGACGCCCACCCUGGGGUCCCUCCCGCAUGACUGCAGUAACAUCACCCAACUGCGGAAGGACGGCAACCCGGCUGUGAGCUCCCUCAUGUUUGCCGCCGGCGUGGUGGGCAACAUGGCGGCCUUGGCCAUCUUGGGGGUCCACCGGAAGGAGCUGCGGACCAAGACCUCCUCGUUCUGCAUCCUGGUGACCGGCCUGGCCGUCACGGACCUGCUGGGCACCUGCGCCGUCAGCCCCAUGGUCUUCGUGGCCUACUCACGCAACGCCACCGUGGUGGGGAUGGUGGAUGGCCAGAACUGGCUGUGCAACCUCUUUGCCUUCUCCAUGAUGUUCUUCAGCCAAGCAGCCAUGCUGAUCCUCUGCGCCAUGGCGGUGGAGCGCUGCAUGGCCAUCAGCUACCCCUACUUCUACUCCCAGCACAACAUCCGCUGGUGGGCCAAGCUCUCGCUGCCCGCCAUCUACACCUUCAGUGCCUUGUUCUGCAGUCUGCCCUUCCUGGGGAUUGGGAAAUAUAAGCAGUACUGCCCGGGGACUUGGUGUUUUGUCCAGAUGGACAGGGAUGAGAAGGGUCAGCACCAGGACACAGCCUUCUCAUUGUCCUACGCCACCCUCAUGGCUCUCCUCAUCCUCGCUGUCUUCCUGUGCAACGCUUUGGUCAUCAUCAGCCUCUGCCAGAUGUACCGCAAGCAGCGGGCCCGGCGGCGUGGCUCGGUCAACGCAGCCCAGCGGCGGCGCAAGAGCUGGUUCAGCCAAGGCGAGGAGGAGGUGGACCACCUGGUCUUGCUGGCCCUUAUGACUGUCAUCUUUGUGAUCUGCUCUUUGCCCCUCACGAUCCGGGCCUACGUUGGUGGCAUCAUCCCGGACCACAAAGAGAACGAGGACAUGAUCGCCUUUCGCCUCAGUGCACUCAACCCCAUUGUGGAUCCGUGGCUGUUUAUCAUUUUCCGCAAUACCGUCUUCCGCAGCCUUAGGAACUUCUUCUGCUUCCGGCUGUGGUGGCCCUGCUGGUGGAGGACACAGAAGGAAUCGACCACACUUGGAACGCAAGAUGGUAUCCCUUUCCAAGACUAUUCAGUCUGUUGAGGGCAGAAGCUGCCCGACAGACAAGGUCACGGCGACUGCUCCCCGGCACUUGGCAAGUAGGGCCAGGGAGACUUUGAGGAAGAAGAGGAGAAGCAGAUGCGACUCCCACCCCAGCCACAAAGCAUCUCAGCAAGGAUCCAGGAGCUGGGAGGGGGUCAAUGAGCAUUUCUUGACCACAAGCUGCCCCGUGAAGGGGAGGAGAGGGAACCUUUAAGAACUUAGGAAGCCGCCUUAAACCAAGUCAGAUUGUUGGUCCUUCUAGCUCAGUAUUGUCUACACUGACUGGCAGCAGCUCUCCAGCGUGUCAGGCAGGGGAGGGUCCCAGCCUUAUGUUGAGAAGCCAAGCCUUGAAGCCGGGCCCUUCUGCAUGCAAAACAGGUGCUCCACCACUGAGCUACCGCCUUUCCCCUUUCUGCAGGGAUGCUCUGCUUUGAGUCUCCUCAUCAGAUAAAGGAGAUAGUAGAGCAAAUAUAAAUGGGAUCUGUAAUUUAACCGCCAAGAGCUAAAACAGAGAAAGAGGAUGUAAGAAGCCAGAGAAAGAGAGAGGGAAGACAGGCAUGACAUUGGGUUUGCCUGCAUGUUGAGCUACCUGCGCUCCUGGCACGGCCUCAUUUGCUAAGGUACUUCAGCAGGUCACGGCUAUUAGUGGCGUUCAGGCACUUUCACGCUUUCGGUGUCAAUUAGCACACAGGAUUCCACUGUGAAGUGUUACUGCGGAUCUUUGAAGCCGCAGAAAUUAAAGAAUGGAGAGUUUCUAUCAAACAUGCCUGUGUGGCUCUAUGUUAAAACAGACUCCCACUCCUAAGUGUUUUCACACUUUCCCCCCAUUCUGCUGCCUUUUUCUCUCAUUCCAUACAUGUGUAGAAUUUGGUGUUUGCUGUAGGAUGUAGUUAGGUGCUAGGACCACAUCCACACCAUACAUUUAAAACACAUGGCUUCCCUCAAAGAAUCCUGGGAACGGUAGUUUACCCCUCACAGAGCUACAAUCCCCAGCACCCUUAACAAACAGUUUCCAGGAUUCUUUAGGGGAAGACAUGUGCUUUAUAUGUUUGGUGUGGAUGAAGUUCAAAGUAGUCCAAGGGAGGCUUUGUUUCCCAUGAUGUACAUUCAGCCUUCCCCAACCUGGUGCCCUGCAAAUGUUUUGGACUACAAUUUCCAUCAGCCCCAACCAGCCCCAUUGGCCAUGCUGAAUGGGGUGGUUGUGAGCUGUAGUCCAAAAGAUAUGCAGGCACCAGUUUGGGGUAAAGUUUCAACAGUGUACACAACUUUAUUUUGUCCUGCUGUCUCUUGAAACAAUACAAAAGCCAAUUAACAGUGCAAUUCUAACCGUGCCUAUUCAGAAGUAAGUUAUAUGGAAUUCAGUGGGGUUAUUCCCAGGUUAAGCAGGGUUAGGAUUGCAGCCAAAAUUGAUUUACCAAAGGCUGAACGUGGGACAAGUGCACCACAAGCCAUAAUCCUUUUUUCAAAACCAACCUCAACUCACUGGAGAACUACUGUCCUGUUUAUGGCAUUGACUUUGUUUUCUUUUUUAAAUCAAGUUUCUAGCCCUUAGGUAAGUAAGGAUAAGCUUGAAAAUAUAUGACUUGCUAUAUAGGGCAAGAUGAGGUCACAGUGGUAAGUCCUGCCUAGGUUGCUUCUCUCUUCCACUGCCCCUGCUCCAAGUUGCAACACACUCACCAGAAACUCCGGAAGACAAGGCCCAGAGUAAAUAUUUCCUUUGCUCACUAAUCCCCUGCAUAUCCCUCUAGAUCUGUCCAUUCUUACCCCUCACACAGCCAAGGAAUAAUCCCUCCCUGUCUAAAUAUUUGGAACCAAAGUCCCAGGAUGGGCUAUUAGUAUUCCCCCCUCUGUAUCUCUCUUCCCACACACAUUGAAAUAGCCAGGUAGAAGGGAGCUCUUUGCCACCACCUCGGGGGCAGCUAUAUUGGCAGGAGAGGAAAAUGCAAGUCCAUCCAUCAAGGCAGCAAAUCAGUGCCCCUCCCCUUGUUCAAAAGCGCAACCGAGGGAGUUUCCCCAUAAGCCUUGUUUUCUGGGGUCCCAAAGGGUUUGGAUGGGUGAAUCUGUCAAUUUCACUUUCUUAUUUUUCUAACCUUAAAUUUAGUUUUCUACAUUUCCACAUCAGUUUGCAUUUUUUAAAGUCCUCUUGAAAAUUCAUUAGCAUUAGCGUUGAUCUCUCCUAUUAUACACAUAAUGGUGUGCAAUUUUGCCUAAUACACACAUUUUUGCAAAACAUAUUUUCCCAUAAUAUUAUACAUUUUUGUAUGCCACUUUCACAAAUAUAUACAUUUUAUGCACACUUUACCCUAAUAUAUGCAUUUCUGUACACAUUACUCAGCUGGAAGACUGCACUGAAAAUUCAGAGAAGUGUGCAUUUCAAAGGAUGGCUGUGUUUUGUUCACAUCCUGUUUCAGCCUGAUAUAAGACGUGGGCUGGAGAAAUGGCCUCUGUGGGUGGGGAGAGGCAGGGGUUACCCAAAGGUAUAUGUCAGCAGCAGGAUUUUUUCAUGCGCUUUGCCCCAGAAAACACAGGAAGUGGCCUGUCCAUGCCACCUCUUGUUCUAGUUCUCGUUGGUGAAGAAAACAUACGCUUCAGAAAUCCCUGAAAUCAUAGGGUGAUGCUUCUACAAAAUGAUGAGGCAGCCAGUGGCUUAGAUGGCUUUUAAAAGGGGCUAUGGCUGCAUGGAGGAAAGGGCUGAAUAACCAGGAUUCACUUUUAAGGUCUUUAGGUGGACAUUCUAGAGCAGGAAUGGAGAACCUGUGGACACCAACUUGUAUCAGCCCCAGCCACCACAGCCAGCAGUCAGGGAUGAUGGGAGUUGGAGUCCAGCAAUCUCUGGAGGACCACAAAGACCCCCCCCCUCAACAAUCUAUCUCUGUAAAUAAAAGGCUGGGACAAAUAAUUGGGGAGGGUUGCUGUCUUCGUGCUGUUUGCGACUUCCUGGAAGCAUUCAACUGAUCACUGUUGGAAACAGGGUCAGAGAUAUCCAAGUCCUACUCAGAGCAGACCCACGGAAAUGAACGAACCUAAGUUAGUCUGCAAUCCAGUACACGCUUACCUGGGAGUAAGUCCCAUGGAACCCAAAGAAGCUUACUUCUGAGUAGACAUGUAGCAGAUUGCAGCCUUAGUCGUCUCCACUUCUAUGGGUCUACUGUGAGUAGGACUAGAAUUGAAUGCUACCCAGGGUCCUCUGCUAGAUGGACCCUCAUCUGAUCCAUCACAGCUCUUCUGCUGUUAGGCAAUUGUAGCGACAGUGCUGGUGGUAGUCCAGAUGUCCUUCAAGAAGGCUAGACGAGGCAUCUUCAUUUGUCACAUGACCUCCAUCUGUCUGUACUCCUUGCAAUGAGCUACAGCUUGGAAAAGAAAAAGAGAACUCUAAGACCAAAACCCAAGACUCCAAAGGAUGCUCAGUGGCAACUUUUUGCGAGGGGAAACAUUAAAUCCUAGAUGAUUCUACAUAAGUUUGCACUUAAUUCCUGUAGAAGCAUUUAAAGUGGGGAGGGAAGCACAAAGCCAGCUCUUAAUCAUUACAUGACACUGUCAAAAGCCAGUCAGCCAGCCAGCCAUUAAAGCUUUAUUGUGGUUUCUGCAAAGUGUUAUUGUUUAAUUUCUUUAUGUACCAGAGAAGCCCACCGGAAGACUAUGGAAAGGGAAGUGAUGGUGCAGUUUUAAAACAUGUGCUUUUAUUAAUGUGUACUAAACUAUACACAUAUUUUAACGGCAACAGAGAAACUGACUUUUUUUAUCUGCCUUUCUUUUCCAACAAGGUUCUGAUGAUGAACAAAACAAACGUUAACAUAGAAAAGGAAACCAACAGAAGGGUUUUGCUUUAUGCCUCUGGCAUAGUGGGGCUAGCAGCUGAUGAUAUGUAUCUGAGAAGGUAGAAGCGGGCAGGCAGGCAGUCAACUGGGAAAAGGCCUUCGCUCCCUUUCAUUCAGCGAGACUGUGGUCCAACUUGCUGGUUGUUUCUUCACAGCUCUGUGGCAGCCUUUGCUUAUGACUGGAGUGAGGAACCUUUGGCCCUCGAAAUGUUGGUGAACUACAAUUCCCAUCAGCCCCAGCAAGCACGGCCAAUGAUAAGGGAUAGUGGUAGUUCAGCAUAAUCUGGAGGGCCAAAGGUUCCUUUUGCACCUGGCUUAUAGCUUCUUCACAUGGACACCUGAAACAUGAGAUGGGUCAGUGACCAGAGAUCUGCUGUCCCAGAAAGUGAUUUGUUUCCCAGACAGGAACUCUGUAUACCAGGGGUGACUGAUCUGUAGCCCUCCAGGUGUACAACUCCCAUCAUCCCUGGCUAUCAGCUGAGGGAGCUAAGGGGAGCUGGAGUUCAGCAACCUCUGGAGGACCAAAAGUUAGCUAUCCCCACUAUAUACUGUAGUGGUUUGAGGGACGCGUAUGAGCCACCCGGCCCCUUCCUCACAAUAGCAGAACUGGAGUUCCCCUCAUGAUGUUGAACAGCAAGAAAACCCUUUGUCAGAUAAUGGUGGGGAAUUAACAUACAGGAUUCACUAUCCCCAAAUGUGAUGGCCAGUAACUUGUUGUUGUUAUUGUUAUGUGCCUUCAAGUCGAUUACGACUUAUGGCGACCCUAUGAAUCAGUGACCUCCAAGAGCAUCUGUCGUGAACCACCCUGUUCAGAGCUUGUAAGUUCAGGUCUGUGGCUUCCUUUAUGGAAUCAGUCCAUCUCUUG